AUGCUGUCCCGCGCUGGGCCCUCGCUCUUAUCUGCCGCCGGACGCCGGGCCUUUUCGCAGUCUGCACCCCGACGCAGCUAUGAAGACACGAUAAAGAACCUCCUCAUCCACAAGGACACGAAAGUGCUCUGCCAGGGGCUGACCGGAAAGACAGGUACUUUCCACACCAAAGAGGCUCUCGCGUAUGGCACCCGGAUGGUAGGCGGUACACAUUUGGGACUCCCCAUUUUUGGUUCCGUCAAGGAGGCCGUCCGCAAUGUGCAGCCCGAUGCCACUGUCCUCUACGUACCGCCCCCGCAUGCCGCCGACGCGAUCAUCGAGGCCAUUGAGAACGAAAUUGGUCUUAUCGUGUGCAUUACGGAGGGUAUCCCCCAGGCCGAUGAGAUCAAGGUUGCACACGCGCUCAAGAGCCAGUCAAAGUCGCGUCUCGUGGGCCCCAAUUGUCCGGGUAUCAUCAACCCAGAGGGGUGCAAGAUGGGUAUCCAGCCGGGUCACAUCCACAUGCCCGGAAACAUUGGUAUUGUUUCGCGGUCCGGUACAUUAACGUAUGAGGCCGUCGCCCAGACCACGGGUGUCGGUCUGGGCCAAUCCCUCUGUGUCGGCGUUGGUGGUGACCCGUACCCGGGUACGAAGCAUGUAGACGUCAUCAAGCUCUUCCUGGAUGACCCCAAGACCGAAGGUAUCGUCAUCAUUGGCGAGAUCGGUGGUUCCAUGGAGGAAGAUGCGGCGGAGUACCUGGAGAAGUACAACAAGACGCGAAGCCACCCCAAGCCUGUCGUCGGCUUCAUUGCAGGCCGCACUGCUCCUCCUGGCAGGCGGAUGGGGCACGCUGGUGCCAUCAUCUCUGGCGGAAAGGGAACUGCGACAGCGAAGGUGCAAGCCCUUCGGAACGCGGGUGUGAUUGUCACCGACAGCCCCGCACAGAUUGGGCCGAGAUGUUGA